UGGAAAAAGCUAACAAUAAUGGUGAAGAAAGCGCUGCUACAGCAUCCCCCUCUAAUUCGGAGGAACAACAACAACAGCAGCAAGCGGGCAACGGUUCUGAUUUUCAAAUCACUUUAAAUGAUUUUCUUGAUUUUUUAAAACUUUCCUGUCACGUCAACGAAAUGAUUGCAAAAGUCGAUGGCAAACCCCAAAAUCGGGAGCCCGUUCCUCCAGCCGAGAGUGCGGCUGGCAUACACUCGAAGCGCACUAGCAAAAAGGAGGAAUUCGACUUUAAUACACUGGCCGAAAAUCAAUUGGUAAAUGAACUGCUCGCCUUGAAGCGACCCCAACGCCACUUGGGCAACUCUAGCAACAGCACCAACAGCAGCAUCAGCACCAGUCGUGACGAGAGCAGCCGCACCAGUCAACUGCUGACGGAGCACAAGGCACAAGCCAUGCGCACAACUGGACACAUCCACUCCGGACGUGGCCUGCAUCCCAAACUGAGCGAGCAGCUGGACUAUGUCAUCAACGAGGGCGUUUUGGACUCUGUGCUCUCCUUCAUAUGUCCGUUGCCGUUGCCCGUGGCACUCGCUCCCAACAAUGGACGCGCUAAGUCCACCAAACAGCAGCACCAGCUGUUAUCCCAGCCACAAUUGCCGCUCAAGUCGGAGUUUCCAGCAGCGGCGGCGGCAUCCAAGUCCACAACGGAGUUGGGCUAUUUGCCGACGCCGAGAUCGAGCUCACCCAGCGUCAGCUCACCCAGAGAUAGCCCGGGCACUGGUCUGGUUGAGUCCAGUAGCUCCAAUAGCAUGGUGCGCGCCUCCGUCAAGGAACCCAUCGGGAAGACAUCAUCAAACUCAAUGUCACGUCGCAAAUCUUUGCUGCUGGUCAAGGAUAGCAAGCAUUCGCGUCAGGAGCGAAAGGAGGCUGAGGUCGUGAUCCAUGUUUGUGACGAGGUUAAGAAUACAUCGCGGGAUUUUACCUGCCCGCAAAGCCUGCUGGUGAGCAAGAUGGGCUACUUUGCCGAUGUGACGGCCGGUCAGCGUCUGGAGGAGAUGGACAUAUCGGUGCACUGUGACAUACAGAUCUUUGACUGGCUGAUGAAGUGGAUCAAGCACAGUGCCCAGAGCCAGGAGCUGCAGGCGCCGGGUCAGAGCAAUGUAGCAGCAGGCCCCCAACUGGAUGGCAAUAAUGUGGUGCCCAUUCUGGUGUCGGCCAGCUUUCUGCAGAUGGAGCCACUGCUGCUGGAAUGCCUCACCUUCUGUCACGCCCAUCUCAGCGAGGUAGUGCGCACCUCAACGAAUCUCUCGUGUCUCAAUGAUGCACUCGUCAGUCGCUUGGCGGCGAUGUUUACCAAUCUGGAGCUGGAAAUGGUGCGCGACAAGAAGGAGCGAGUCACACCACGAUUGUGGACAAAGCUAAUACAGAGUCUCUGCGAACCGGAUCCGGAGGUGCUCCGCGGACACUUCUACAGCAUAUCGGGGCUAUUUCGCUGCGUGCGCUGCUGUCGCUGUGUGACAAACACAAUGAAGUCCUUUGUCAACUGCAUUCCCAGCAAUAUACGGCUGAGUCGCUGGGGCCAGCUGAUCAGCAGCCAUGUGCGGGAUACCAACUGGGAUCUCAAUGUGUACGUGAUGCAGCUGUUCAAGGAGCUCAAGUCGUGGCGCAAGGUCUACUGGAAACUCUGGGGCCAUUGCCACUAUCUCUACUGCUGCACGUGCGAGGCGCAUUUCCCAGUUUACCAGAUGACCUGGUGUCGCUAUCAUCCCGAGCCGCCCAACUUUCUGGGUCCCGAGACCGAGGGACGCAUUGCCGGACCAGCGGGACGCUACGCCUGCUGCAAUCAGCAGGCAUUUCGCUACGAAACGUUGCCGGGCCCAAAUGGCUGUCAGUUUCGGGAGCAUAGCGUGCUGGUGGACACGGAUCGAGAGCGGGCCAUUCUGACCAUUGCCCAGUUGGUGGCCGAGAACUAUGCGCUGUGCGAACAGCCGCCGUUGCACAUUCAGGAGCUGGCCGCCGCUGGCGAGAUCAGUCCCAAUUGGUUGGGUAUUUCGCUGACGCCGCAACGCUGCCGCCAGGGUCUGCUGCCGCAGCUGUGCAUGGACAUGACCAAUCAUCGGGUUAGUCGACGUUGUCGCUAUGAGAUGGAGACGAGCACCGAGUCGGAGACGACAUCGACCAGUUCGGAGGAUGCGCAUUGCCAGCGUCCGCGCAUCCGCAACACGCUGCUCGAUGAUGAGUACUCAACGAGUAGCGAUGGCUGCGAAUCGGAUCAUCGCCCGCCGCCGCGAAAGACGCGCGGCAAGAAGAAGCGCAAACGGCCGGCUGCUGUUUCUGGUCGCUUCUGGUCGGGCGAGUUGUCGGCGCGCAGCAAUCAGGAUCAUCAGCGUGACUUCGAGGAGAAGAUCAUGAAGCAGGUGGUCAGCUAUGUGACCAAGAAGACGGGCACGGAUCAGAGCCUUGUGCACAAUGCCCAACCGCUGGGCGGCACCUAUGUCCGUCUGGAGUCCGAGUGGAAGGAGAUGCUCAAGCAGCGUCACAGCAAUCACAAUAUGCAAAAUAGCAGCGCCAGCAACAUGGGCGGCACUGGUGGCGUUGGAGCCGGCGGCACUCUCAGCAGCAACAGCAGCAACCAAAAUCUGUAUGGCAGUGGUGGCGCCACCGUUGGAGGCAUGACAUGCGGCCCGGGUGCCUCGCUGAUGUCCAAGCAAAAGCACAAGUAGAAAAAUAGUGAAAAUAGAACACAAUGUAGGACAAUAUUUACCAAUAGAUCAAUGUAGACAAAUGUUUUAACAAGUAGAUAACACAAUGCAACAUGCAACAUGCAACAAUGCAACUCAAUCGAAUUGAUUUGAAAAAUUUGACAAACUAUUGUGAAUUUGAUGAAUACUUUUAAAUUGUUAAAGUGCUAUAUUGAAAUACAACUAAAACGAAAUUGAUGAA